GAUUUGAUUCGAGAUAUCCUGCCAUACAUCACCAGAACCCAAGAGACACAUACAGACAUCUUGCGCAAUGCCCAUCGCUACCGGUCAACACUCGCCCGGCAAGAUCGUCACCAGGCCACACACGACCAAGUGGUGGAAAUCCGCGGUCGUCUACCAGAUCUACCCUGCGAGCUUCUGCGAUUCCAACGGGGACGGGAUUGGUGAUCUGCAAGGCAUCAUUUCCAAGCUGGACUAUUUGAAGGACCUCGGUAUCGAUGUCGUCUGGCUCAGUCCCGUGUUCGAGUCGCCGCUUGUUGACAUGGGCUACGACAUCUCCAACUACAAGAAGAUCGACCCUCGAUACGGAACCAAUGCGGACCUUACCGAUCUCGUCUCUGAAUUGCACAAACGAGGCAUGAAGCUGUUGUUAGAUCUGGUCGUCAACCAUACAAGCGACCAAGCUCCCCAGUUCAUCGAAUCUGCUGCUGCCACACCUGGAUCCACAUCGGAAGAGGGCUCGAAGCGUGAUUGGUACAUCUGGAAGAAGGGAACCGUCAAUGAGCAUGGUGAACGUGUGCCGCCCAACAACUGGGGCGCAGCGUUUGGAGGGUGGCACGAACCAUCGCAAGAGUACUAUCUUCACUACUUUUGUCCCGAACAACCCGAUUUGAACUGGGAAAACCCCAAGGUCCGCGAAUUUGUUUGGGAAACGAUGUCUUUCUGGCUUGAUCAAGGUGUCGACGGGUUCAGAGUUAUCAACAUGAUUUCGAAGCACCUCGACUUCCCGGAUGCCGAGGUCAUCCGGCCUGACUUGAAAUGGCAGCGAGCAGGUCACCUGAUGACGAACGGACCCAAGAUGCAUGACUACCUGAAGGAAAUGAACGAGAAGGUCAUCAGCAAAUACGACAUGAUGAACGUUGGCGAGAUGCCGUGUACCAAGGACGCCAAGACCGUCAUGGAGUACGUUCACGAGGACCGCGGCGAGUUGCAGAUGGUGUUUGAGUUCAGCCUUGUGGACCUGGACCAUUCACGCGGCGAGACGCACAAGCCUCGGAAAUGGGAAUUGUGGGAGGUCAAGAAGAUCAUCGCGGACUGGGCUGUAGGCCUGUAUGAAGGUGGUUGGGCCGCGUUCUAUCUGGAGAACCACGAUCAAUGCAGAAGCACUUCGAGAUGGACCAAUGACAGCUCUGAAUUCCGUUGGUUGUCGUCGAAGAUGUUGGGUCUCAUGGAGAUGACUUCGUUUGGGACCACCUACGUGUACCAAGGGCAAGAGAUCGGCCAAAUCAAUCUACCCGACGAAUACCCCGAGGAGGAGUACAAGGAUGUCCAAACCAUCAACCGAGUUGCAGAAAUCCGUGCCCGAGGUGGAUCCGAUGUCGAACAGGAAGUCAAAUAUGCUUUGAGUCGAGGCCGAGACCACGCUCGAUCCCCCAUGCAGUGGUCAAGCGGUCCCGCUGCCGGCUUCGGAACCUACAAGGGCAAGGCCCGGCCUUGGAUGCUGCCAUCUCCUGACCACCAGGUCUGCAACGCCGCAGAUCAAGUCGGCGACAAGACCAGCGUCUUCCAUUGGUACAAGCGGCUGAUCGCGCUCAGGAAAGAGAUGGAAGUCUUGGUGUAUGGGCGAUUCGAAUUGCUCUCUGCGCUUCACGAAGAUAUUUUUGCGUACACUCGUACUAUCAUCAAGGCGGGUACUACCGACGAGGAGGAGAGCGUCCUGGUUAUCCUGAACUUCCGAGAGCGGAAUGUCGCCUACGAGGUCCCUGAAGAGGUGAAGAACGCCGACAAGGCUCAGUGCAUCAUCGGGAGCUACGAAGCGACCGAGAACUACGCACAGCCCCAAAUUGAAGGGGGUUCCAUCACCCUUCGACCUUACGAGGGUUUACUCUUCCACUUGUGAGGAUGAGAACGCGACAUGCGUUGUUUGCGCUUGACUUGGCAAUGGACAGUUUUGAGGUGAUCUUGUCCCCAUUCGCG